AUGGGGAACGCACAAACUCGCACGGAGACGUCACACCGUAAAAAACGACUCAGACGACAACGACGUUUGUCAGAGCCAGGGAUUGAAUACAAUGACAGCAAGCUACGACCUUGCAAAAUGAAGUGCUCAAUGUCUGGAGCGACAACACCAAUCUCGUCUACACCCCUUAUUCAAAUUAAUGGCAUAGAAAACACAGAAGGUGCGGAGGAUUUUCUGAAGAACAAGAGCAAUAGUGUGAACUUACCGCCUACAACCACCACCUAUCUAACAACUGUCUCUCUACGUAGGAUGCAAUUUUUGGGCUCGAGCGGCACGACAAGUAUGUCAGCAAGAAGCCUUGACGAUGCACGUAGUCUCGCCGAUCUGCACAUGAAGCCACUUUCACGAGCAAAAAGCCAUUCACCGCUGAAACAAAUGCGAACCUAUUCGUACAGAUCACUGAGCAGUGAAGAGAACGCUUUGGAUAAAACGGCUUGCGAUCUGAUCAAAAGUUCAUGGCAUGAAGCUACGCGGAAAGCGAACGCUACGGGGAGACAUUUCGGCUACUUUGUCUUUCAAUGUAUUUUCCAAAAAGAUCCUACAUUAAAGACUAUAUUUGGCUUGAAACCGCACGAAGAUAUUUCCGAUCUUCCGGACGAUCACGAAUGCAUUAGACAUACGAAGAUUUUCACCAACAUUAUCCAUUUGGCGGCGAAAAAUGUGGACGAAUUAGAGCCGCAAGUUGCGCCAGCCAUAUUCAAAUAUGGGGAACGUCAUUACAGCACAAAAGCGAAUGGUCAUAUGACAGAGGAGAACGUACGAAUGGUCUGUGCGCAGGUUGUUUGCACUGUAGUUGAUCUGUUGGGUGAUGAAGCUCAAGCGCAACAUGUGGAAGCAUGGAUUGAAAUGAUGAGAUACCUGGGUCGAAAGUUGCUCGACGGUUACGAAUACGCCAAACUCACCGCAAAACAUCGUAUCAGCAUCAAUCGCCACGACCAUCAUCUCUUUUUGAAAUUGUGA